AUGCUGCCCCUGUCCCCGCUCUUGCUCCUCGUUUUCCCCGCUGUGCUCUUGGUGGCCGCGCACGGCGCCGGGGACCUCCAGGGGAUCACCUUCCCCAACCCCUGCAUGGUGGUGUAUCCACCAUGCGUCAGCGAGGCGGAUCGCUACAGCCUGGAGGCCCUGCGGAGCAUCCAUCAGAUGAUGGACAAUGACCAAGACGGAGGGAUCGAGGUGGAGGAGAGUUUGGAGUUCAUCAUGGAGGACAUGAAGCAGCAGCAGACCAACAAGCACAGCCACCUGCACAGAGAAGACCAACACAUCACAAUUGAGGAGCUCUGGAGGGGCUGGAAGUUGUCCGAAGUCCAUAAUUGGACUCAGGAUGACGUGCUCCGCUGGCUGAAGGAUUUUGUCGAAUUGCCCCAGUACGAAAGGAACUUUAAGGACUUCAGGGUCAAUGGAAACACACUCCCCAGGAUUGCAGCCAACGAGCCGUCAUUCCUGAGUGGCCAUCUGAGGGUUCAGGACCAGAGAGACAAACAGAAGCUUAACAUCAAAGCUCUAGACGUGGUCCUGUUUGGACCGCCGACACGCCCCCCUCAUAACUACAUGAAGGACCUGCUGCUCAUCGUGUCGGUGGUGAUGGGAGUGGGAGGCUGCUGGUUUGCCACGGCCCAGAACAAAUCCAGUAAAUUCCACAUAGCCAGGAUGAUGAAAGAUUUGGAAAGUCUGCAGAGAGCUGAGCAGAGCCUCAUAGACCUGCAGGAGCAACUUGCGGAGGCGCAGGAGGAAAAACGCAAUGUCGCGGAGGAGAAACAGAACCUGGAGGAGAAGAUGAGGGAUGAGAUCAUGGGGGCGCAGGAGGAGGCUUACCGCCUGCACGAGCUGAGGCAGGGCGCCGUCAGCGAGCUCAGCCGCCUCCGAUACGCAGAGGAGAAGCUGCUGCAGGUCCGCGGGGCGCUGAAGCAGGCGGAGAAGGACAUGCAGGCUAGCUCGACUGCCUCCGAGGCCCUCCAGCUGUGGUUGCAGCUGACGCAUGAGGUUGAGGUCCAGUACUACAAUGUCAAGAGGCACAGAGCAGAACUACAGCUCGCCAUCGCCAAGGAAGAGGCAGAGAGGAUUAAGAAGAAGAGGAGUUCUCUGUUCGGGACUCUCCAUGUCGCACACAGCUCCUCUCUAGACCAAGUUGACCACAAGAUCCUAGAGGCAAAGAAUUCCUUGUUCGAAGUGACAGCCUGCCUACGGGAGCGCCUGCAUCGGUGGCAGCAGAUCGAGCGCCUCUGUGGCUUCCCCAUCAUCAGGAAUCCCGGCCUCUCAAACCUCACUGCUCAGCUCUACUCAGACUCGAUCCCCUUGGGGUUUCCCAGAGUGCCCAAGCCAUCUUGGUCCUGCCACAGCUCUGUGCAUGGAUCUAUGGAGAAUCUGUUAGAGGAGCCUGCCUCCCCAAUCAUACCUCAGAUGUCGGUUCAACCACUGAAGCGCUCUCCUCAAAUACGUGGAUCCACCAUUUGUCGGUCACGGCGUCCCGCCACGAUCCCUCAGCCAGCAGCCGCCAUGAGCUCCCCAGAACCAGACCUUCUGAUCCCCAUACAAGCCCCGUACGCUUGUGAGGAAGAGGGGCUGUUCCUGAAAACUCUAAAGAAACAAGACUCCCAAGAGAUGUUUUCAGACACAGAAUAUAUCACUUCACCUCCUCUCAGCAAAAUGUUCCCUAAUCCUACUGUUGACACGUCCCCUCAAAAGCUCUAUCAUGAUGGAACUGAACUAUUUUCAGACAGCUCCAUUACAAAGCAUUUGAGUAAAGAAGUGGAAGCUGUUGUUGAAUCUCCAGUUCGCAAAACUUCGGCCCAGGAACUUGAAGCUUGUCUCGACGUCAGCUGCAGAAAGAUGGCCAAAGAAGAGUCUUUGAUAGAGGCUACGUCAAGGAAGAUAUCCAGAGACAGGAGUGAAGUUCCCAUGGAUGCUGCGGUUCGAAAGGUGCUUUCCAAUGAGUUGGAUGCAGAAUUCUCAGGCAGGAAAGUAGAGAGAGAUACGAUGGGAGAUUUGAUGGACACAGCUUCAAGGAACGUAUACAGAGAAAGAAGUGAUUUACCUCUGGACAUGAGAAAGAUUAUUUGGAAUGAAUUAGAAGCAACAACAGUUGCGGCACCUAGGAAGAUUUCAAGAGAUAUGAUGGGGGUUUCAAUGGACAGUGCCUCAAGGAAGAUGAUACAAGAUGAUGUUGAGCAUCGGCUUUACUCAGUGCCCAGAAGGAUUACAAGAGAUUCAAUGGGAACGUCCUUCGACAAAGGUUCUAGAAGGUUUACAUGGACUAAUGAAGACUGCCAGCUUGAUUCCUCUGUGAAGGUGUUAGCAAUGGACAGCAUGGCUGAGGCCCCUAGAACACCACCAAGAAAGAUAUCCAGAGAUGAGCUGGAGUAUUUUACAGAUACUGCUUCCAUAAAUUUGCUGCCCAGAGAGAGAUUUGACGCACUCAUGGAUACUUCGUCAUCUACAGAGAAGCAACAGUUCGGUUUAGGACCGUCAACAAGUAGAAGGAUACUGAGUGAUGAACUUGAGAUGUCUGCUGGUUCUCUCAAAAGGAAAAUGCCAAGAAUUGACAUUGAUACAUCCAUAGACACUCCCACAGGAAAUAUCUCCUGGGAUAUAGUUGAUCUUCCAAUGGAAAUACCGAAACAAUCAAUACUCAGGGAGGAAUUGGGAGCAUCUGAAUCAAGUUCAUCACCAGGUCGAAUUGGACAGCCAGACCUUAUGUUAACCUCCCAGGUACCAUGGAAUUCAUCAUCAGACCUUUUCGCUGGCCCGCUGAGCCAGCUUGUGUACGAUGGAAUCCUCGAGAAGUCCUGCCACUCCGGGGCUACGACCCCAAUCAGUCUCUCGGUUUCAACACCCAACCUGCCCCAGAGCAGGCUGCUAUCAGAGGUGGAGCCACCAUUGCCACGAUCAAGGACUGCUUUCCCGUCUCCUGCAUCGCCCCCUGAGACUGGCGAGGAGAAGAACAAACAUAAGGAAAAGAGCAAGAAAUCCUCAAAGCUCAAAAAUCUUUUCAAAAAGAAAACUGAGUCAACUCCAGAGAAGUCCCAAAGUGGUCUACAAAAGCUCUGA